GGAAUCACGUUGUAAUCAAUAUAUUAAACCCUCCCGCAUUCCAGGGAAACGCACACAGUUUGUUUACAAGCGAGAUGGACGACGAAGAUCUUGAUUUCCAACCCACUCCUAAGUCAAGGAGUGCAAAGCAAGGUCGUAGAGCACAACGCAGUGCUCCUGCUGUUGAAGAUGAUGGAGCAGAAGAAGAUGUCCCUGUAUCACAACCUCCUUCAAGCAAGGAUGGUCCCCCAGGGCGUCCUUCAAAGGCUGUUUCUGGCUGGGGAGAAGAGGCACCUAGAAAAAACCGCUCGCGGCAGUUGGGAGAGGGAUUUGAGCAAUUUGAAGACGAUCUUCUAUUUGACCAUGUUGAGCAGAGUGGUCUCUUUGGUGAGAGACUACGACCAAGGAGCCCAGAACAACAGUCUGAUUCAGAUCAAGACAUCCCAGUGAUUCCGGAGCUGGAGGACCAGCAGGAGGAGGACAUGACCACUAAAGUGGCUGUAGCUCCCAAUGUUGCUGUCAACCGCGUGGCCACUUACAGGGAGCUGGACAAUGAUCUCCUGCGACAAGCAGCGUUCCUUACACUGGACGACAUAGAUCUCAAGUUAUUAACAAAGGCUAUUUCACCAGAACAAGACUUGAUAGAGGAGGACCGGCCAUGGGACUGGGAUCGGCUGUUUACUGAGGUCACAUCAGAGAUGAUCGCAGAUGUGGAGAAAGAAGAAAUGAAAGAACACGAAUCUAUUAACGAAGUUGUCUGAUCAUUAAAGUGAAUAUUUGAGAUUAUUGUCUCCAGUUGGGUCUGGAGAAUUGACUCCAUGUUGUUAAACAAAGCAACACUGAACCAUGAACCAGGCUGAUAAGGAGAUGGAGGGAGGAUGCUCACCAUGUGGAAUAGCCCUGAGCACUGACGACUUGCUGUUUCUGUUUCAAUUGAACAAGAUUACUGAAGACCUACAUAUCAAGACAUGUUUGGAAUAUGGACCUACACUGUUGACCGUUUUAAGUUCUGGGGAAUUCUUCCUUGGCAUAAUCUGAAUUUACCCGGAACUACAAUACUUCUGUAAAAGUUAAUUAAGCUGGACAUUGGCAAAUAGUACACUGACCAUUUGGACAAGUCUAACUGGUCAUCUCAGCAGUGAGGGUAGCCUAGUGGUUAAAGCGUUGGCUCGUCACGCCGAAACCCAGGUUCGAAUCCCACAAUGUGUGAAGCCCAUUCCUGGUGUCCCCCGCCGUGAUGUUGCUGGAAUAUUGCUAAAAGUGGUGUAAAACCAAACUCAGUCAGUCAGUCUCAGCAGUGAAAUGAAGAUUCCUCACUGAUUGGCACAUCAACUAAAAAAUGUGAUAGACCGAAAUAAAUAUUGCUGACUUUGCAUUAAGUCAGUUCAGUCAGAAAUUGACUGGAGUGAUGCUGAUAGUAAAGAUUACCUUCCUCUAAUGUUCAUAACUUCUUUUUCAAUUGCAAUUUUGUCUUGGUCUUUUGUACGAUGACUUUUACAGCUUUCCCCUCUCAAUAUUUCAAGUCAUGGCCACUAUUUCAAAUGACAGUCCAAUAACAAAUUGAAUUCUGAAGAUGGUCAAGUGAUUAGAAUGUUUGGUUGUGAUCAGAUCUGUUUGUGAAACACAGAAUGGUACAACAUAUAGACAAUAAUACAAACACACUUUAUACUGUUGUCACAUACAUUCCGUCCAAUGCAUCAUGGUGUAUAAUGGGUUAUGAAAUAAAUUGCAUAUCAUAUUU